GUCUGGACCUGCCGCCUGCCCAGGUCCCAGGCGGGGCUUCCCGUCCCCCGGGGGUGGGGAGGGACCCAGCAGGGAGGGACGCGAGGGGGCAGGAGCCAGUGCGAUAGAGACCCGGGCCAGGACGCAGACAGCGGGCGCGGCGGGAGGCCAGAGCGCCGCAGCCGACACCCUCGGAAGAGACCCCCAUAACCCCCAGGUAGGAACCGGCACAGGGAGACUCCAGAGCGGGGUGAGGACCCCGCAGAGGACAGCGACCUCCCAGGGGCUGGUGCCUGGGACAGGACAACCUCCACUUGACUAAGGGCGAUGGGGACUCAGCCCCUACCGGGCCUCUUCGUCCUGCUCAUCCUGUCUCCGCUGCUGCGCCGGGCCUCGGCGGGGAGCCUGCACAGCCCAGGCCUGUCCGAGUGCUUCCAGGUGAACGGCGCGGACUACCGCGGCCGCCAGAACCGCACCGGCCCGCGCGGGGCCGGCCGCCCGUGCCUCUUCUGGGACCAGACGCAGCAGCACAGCUACAGCAGCGCCAGGGACCCCCAGGGCCGCUGGGGGCUGGGCGCGCACAACUUCUGCAGGAACCCCGACGGGGACGUGCAGCCCUGGUGUUACGUGGCCGAGACCGAGGAGGGCAUUUACUGGCGCUACUGCGACAUCCCCACGUGUCACAUGCCCGGGUACCUGGGGUGCUUCGUGGACUCGGGGGCGCCGCCGGCUCUGAGCGGCCCCAGCGGCACCUCCACGAAGCUCACGGUGCAGGUGUGCCUCCGCUUCUGCCGCAUGAAGGGCUACCAGCUGGCGGGCGUCGAGGCCGGCUACGCCUGCUUCUGCGGCUCUGAAGGUGACUUGGCCCGGGGACGGCCGGCGCCCGCUACUGACUGUGACCAGAUCUGCUUCGGCCACCCGGGCCAGCUGUGCGGUGGCGACGGCCGUCUGGGCAUCUACGAAGUGUCGGUGGGCUCCUGCCAGGGGAACUGGACGGCGCCGCAGGGGGUCCUCUACUCCCCGGACUUCCCGGACGAGUACGGGCCGGACCGGAACUGCAGCUGGCUGCUGGGCCCCGCGGGCUCCGCGCUGGAGCUCACCUUCCGUCUCUUCGAGCUGGCCGACCCGCGCGACCGGCUGGAGCUGCGCGACGCCGCCUCGGGCCGCCUGCUCCGCGCCUUCGACGGCGCCCGCCCGCCGCCGCCCGGGCCGCUGCGCCUGCGUCCCGCUGCGCUGCUGCUGACUUUCCGCAGCGACGCGCGCGGCCACGCGCAGGGCUUCGCGCUCACCUACCGCGGGCUGCGGGACGCCGAGGACGGGGAGCGGCCCCGAGGCUCCGCCCAGACCCCCGCGGGGUCCCCCACCAACGCGAGCUGCAGCCCCAGGCCUGGCGCUCCGCAGGCCCGGCCAGGCGCCCGAGUCCUGUCCACGGUGACCGCCGCGUCCAUGCUGCUGCUGCUGCUCCUGUCGCUGCUGCGGCUGCUGUGCCGACGGAGCUGCCUGCUGGCUGCGGGGAAACGGCCGUUGGCGUUGGGGCCUUCCCAGGGCGCCAGGAGAAGCUGGGCUGUGUGGUACCGCCGGCCCCGAGGGGUGGCCCUGCCCUGCCCCUCAGUGGAUGCCCAGACAGAGGGCCCUGCCGCGGGCUACCAUUCCCUGAGCGCCUCCAGCCAGAGCUCUCUGCGCUCGCUCAUCUCCGCCCUCUGACCCGGACUCCCAGGGUCCACUGGACCCUCUACUCGUGCUUGAGAUGGACACUAGGGACGCUGCCCUACCCUACCUCUGCCCUCUGCCCCUUUAAGGGCAGCUGGGCUCAGCUCAUCUGGAGAAGACCCGACCUCGGAUAGGAGACUUGCUCUGGCCCUUGCAGCGCAGCAGGUGGAGGCCAAGAGGAACCCAGCCCUCCUGUGGGCCUUGCUUGCUGCCCCGAUGAGGGACCAGAAACCACCCUGGCACCUCACGUGGGAGGGAUUGGGGGCAGCAGAGGAUGGCCCAUCUGCGUAUCUGACUGCCACCCGCCUGGGAGAUCCCCCGCCGAGCUCCUGGCCGGCGGCUCCCAGGCCCAGCGUCCACUUUCACAGGCAUCUCGAGGGUAAACCGGAAAGUGGAAGAUCUCUCUCUCUCAGGUCACUCUGCUUUUAAACAAGUAAAUAAAGCCCCCCCCCUU